CAAACUACAAGCAAAUUUCUAGCAGCGGCGGCGUUGUUGCUGACGUUGAUGGCCGUCCCUAGUUUCCCGGCCACCGUGUCAGGCGCCGUGUACAAAGUCGGCGACGCCGCUACUUGGAAGGUUGGUGGAGUGGAUUAUCGCCAGUGGGCUUCCAACAAGACUUUCCAUGUUGGCGACACCAUCACUUUUGAAUACGAUCCACAUGUUCAUAACGUUCUACGUGUGAGCCACGAAGACUACAAUUCCUGCAACACGACGUCGCCCAUAGCCACAUAUGUCUCCGGCAACGACUCCAUACAAAUUCUGGGCCCGGGUCACUACUACUACGUUUGUGGGUUAGAAGGCCACUGCCGGGCUGGACAGAAGGUGGACAUCAGAGUUCCGAAGGUUGAUCAGCCCACUGAACUGUCCAACGGGCCACAUUCGGAGUCUCCAGCAGGCCCAUCACCUUCACCCACUCACGGCCUUUCUCGACAUGGGCCCCCACGUAGCAGCGAGACAAGUCAUUCUCCGAUCCAUUUGGGCCCGCUUCAUCAUCUCGUGUUUCUUCUGCUUGGGCUAUCCAUUUUUCUAAUUUAGCAUUUCCGGAUGCUUUAUGAAGUUAUUGAUCAAUUCUGUAGUCCUAUGUAUGGGUGGGUACUCACCGGCCUAAAUCGAAUCUAAAACUAAUGCGGAGUAGAACUUUAUUUUGGGAGUUCAGAUUAUGAUAUUUUACUUAGUAAAAUGUGGAUAUAUCU